UCAUUUCCAACAAAAAGGGCCCCGGUCGGUCUUUCGCGCUAAACAAUGCAAAUUGUCUGAAAAUCGCUGCGAGUACUUCCUUUGUGACUCCUUCAGGGCGACCUAAGCGCGUUCACAUAUUUUUCCAACAGACCAAAGCAGUGUGCAGCGAAGAAAAUGCAUCGAUUAAACGUAACGGGCCGAAUACUACCGGGUUUACUCCUUUCCGGAGCACUGCGGAAUGUACCUUGUUCAGUGCGCACUUACUCUACCCGAAGACCGGGUUUCUUCGCACAAGUGAUAGACAACAUCAAGCAGGAGAUGGAGAAGAACAAAGAGAUGAAAGAGAACCUAAAAAAGUUCCGUGAGGAAGCGGAGCGGCUGGAGCAGUCCGAUGCGUUGAAGGCGGCACGACAAAAGUUCAACACGGUCGAGUCGGAGGCGAACAAGGGCAGCGAAGCGUUGCGAGAAAAUCUGGGCAAGAUACGAGGGCGCGUGUCGGACGCUCUGGACGAGGCGGCCAAGACCGACCUGGCCCGUAAGGCGGGCCAGCUUGGCGAAGAGCUGGGCAAAACGGCGCGCGGCGUAGGCGAAACGCUCGCCGAAAAGGGCCAGGUGCUGGGCCAGUCGGGUGCUUUUCGCGGCAUUAGCGAAACGGCGAAGGUUGUGCGCCAGGAAAUGGACGCGCAGGGUAUCGAGGCACGUGUUUACCGCAGUCCGCUGAAGCUUCGGAAGCGCGUCGAGGUGUCGAUGGCUUCCGAAGCGUCGUCCCGUGUCGUAGAGCCGAACGCGGACGCGACCGGGAUGGAACUUCAUAAAGACAGCAAGCUGUACCAGUCGUGGGAGGACUUCAAAAACAACAACCAGUACGUGAACAAGGUGCUCACGUGGAAGAUGCAGUACGACGAGUCCGAGAACCCGAUGAUCCGAGCGUCUCGGCUGCUGACGGACAAGGUAAGCGAUAUCAUGGGCAACCUGUUCUCGAAAACGGAACUCUCAGAGACGCUGACAGAGCUGUGCAAGAUAGAUCCGAGCUUCGACCAAAAGCAGUUCCUGCGCGAUUGCGAGAACGACAUCAUUCCGAACGUGCUGGAGUCAAUCGUACGGGGCGAGCUAGAGGUGCUGCGCGACUGGUGCUUCGAGAGCACGUACAACAUAAUCGCCACGCCGAUCUCGCAGGCGCAAAAGGCCGGCUACCGGCUCGACUCGAAAAUCCUCGACAUCGAGAACGUCGACCUGGCGAUGGGCAAGGUGAUGGAGCAGGGUCCGGUGCUGAUCGUCACCUUCCAGACGCAACAGAUCAUGUGCGUGCGGGAUGGUAAAGGCGCCGUCAUCGAGGGUGAUCCAGAGAAGGUGAUGCGCUGCCAUCACGUGUGGGUACUAUGCCGCGACCCGAACGAACUGGACCCGAAAGCCGCCUGGCGCCUUAUGGAAAUGUCAGCCAACAGUACGGAACAGUUUGUGUAAGCCAACUUCCCAACUGCAGGUCCAGUCCACCUUCCUGCACCAGGCAACGAUUUCAACGAAAACGCAAGUCCCGAAAAAAAUGGUUCACGUUAUUAGCGGCGGAUGUCUCAACUCUCAACUGUGAUCGCAUAUCGUGUCCCGUGUCCGAAGUGCGCGUGUUCAAACUGCUAGUGAUGACUGCGAGAUCGUGCAUCGUGCAAAUGUAAGGUUUUUAGCUGUUGGGUCUGCGUACGGCUUUCCACAGCGAUCCAUCACGUUUGUGUACAGAAUAGUUUUAUUUGGUUUAAGCUUAAACAGUUUAUGGAAACCAGGGGUGGAACAACGCAAAUAGGCAUACCCGACGUGAUUUUUGGUCAAACCCUCACAUCGACUGGGCUUGGCAACAAUCAAAAACCAUCUGCAUCAGUCGUCGAUCAACACUUCAGCAUGAUUGCGAUAGCUUUUCGUUCGCAUUGCCACCGGAAGAUCGCACGACAGAUAGAAAACGAGACCUGCCAUUUGCCAGAAAACCCAGGAUGAGGAUUUGAUUAGAAAUGUAAGUAUGCAAGUUGCAUAGCAAAAGUGUAUGCGAAGGUAAUUUGAUUCGUCAGCAUAGAAAAAGUAAGUUUAAGAUGGAUUAUUAAAAAAUAAAUAGUUCGCUGACUGACGAUGCGUCAAACGAACCGUUCU